AUGGAAGAUGAUGGCGAACCCGAGGUGCGCAACAGCAGCUCACGAUACCGCCGGCCGUCCACCAUGAGCGAGGCCAGCUUCAUGGUCGACGUCGAAAUGGCACAGGACGAGAUCUUCUCCGGUCCCAUGUCCGAGAGCGUGCCCACGGCCUCCAGCUCUUUCUUCCAUCGCCGAUCACGCGCCGACUCAAACGUGAGUUUUACGUACUACGAAGAGGACCGAGACUUUGACUCGGAGGAGUGGCCGGAAGAAGCGGUGUUCGAUGAGGACCAGUUGGAAAGUCAGAGUCUGAAUGGGGAGAACACGUUCUUGGAGCCGGAGCAGGACUUUGACGACAGCACGGAAGAUGCAUCGCUUGCCUCGCGGAGACCCAGCAAGGGCUCGAGACCCUCUGUUGAGAGUCCGCUCCUACGGCGAGCUCACUCUGGCGACUCGGAUACUAGUGGUUUCCGGAUCGGAGGGAGAGUCAAUCAGAAAAUCUACAUCCUGACGGAGGAUAUGACAAUUGUGGUGGCUGGGUUCAAGACGUCAAUCAUCGGCUUCGCCGCCUACGUGUGCAUCUGUGUGUUGACUGGCGGCAUUGGAUGGCUUCUAUUCCGAUGGCUGCCGAGAUGGCAUGUGUGGUUGACUGGCAGGUCGGCGGCCUUGGGCAAAUGUGACUGGGUGGUCAUUGAAAACCAGUGGGGAGAGAUGGCCGUUCAAGAUUUGAACAUUCAAGAGUUUGGUCAGUCUUUGUCCUCGGUCUUUGGACACAGCGGCGGCAAGAUGCAGGACUACGAUGAGUACGACGAUCCAAUCAUGGACGAACUGCGAAUCUUGGACUAUCGCUAUAUUCGAUUCUGCUACCAUCCUUCAAAGGACAAGUUCGUUCUCGGAAAUACCUGGAAGGAUCCUGCGUGGACAGACGUCACUGCGGUGAGAGCUGGUAUCGACGGGGACGAGCAAGAAGUCCGCGAACGGAUUUUCGGCUCCAACGCCAUCGAGAUCGAGCAAAAGACGAUCGGACAACUUCUUCUCGACGAAGCCUUUCACCCGUUCUACGUCUUCCAGAUUGCCAGUCUGAUACUGUGGUCUGUGGAUGAGUACUACUAUUAUGCGGGAUGCAUCUUCGUCAUCUCCACAAGGGCAACCAUGAAACGGCUACGAGAUAUCGCGCGCUUUGAAUGUGAUAUUCGCGUGCUGCGUGGCGGGUUCUGGCGCUAUGUCGAAUCGAAGGACCUGGUACCUGGCGAUGUCUACGAAGUCACGGAUCCUAACCUUGGCCAGUUCCCUUGCGAUAGCAUUCUGCUGUCCGGUGACUGCAUCGUCAAUGAGAGUAUGCUUACGGGAGAGUCGGUGCCAGUCUCGAAGACGCCCGCCACGGACGACACGCUGGACUUGCUCAAUUUGGGAUCGUCCACCAUUCAUGCUGACGUCGCAAGGCACAUGCUGUUCAGUGGCACCAAGAUCAUUCGUGCGCGAAGACCGCAGGAUGACAAAAGCGACGAAGCUGCAGCACUUGCGCUUGUCGUCAGAACAGGUUUCAACACCACCAAGGGCGCCUUGGUUCGUUCCAUGCUCUUCCCAAAGCCGUCAGGAUUCAAGUUCUAUCGAGAUUCAUUUCGAUACAUUUCUGUCAUGGCAGGUAUCGCCGCCAUUGGUUUCAUUGCAUCUCUGGUGAACUUCAUUCGGCUGGGACUGGAGCCACACCUCAUCAUCGUCCGCGCUCUGGACCUGAUUACGAUUGUGGUACCGCCCGCUCUACCUGCCACAUUGACCAUUGGUACCAACUUCGCCCUCUCUCGCCUCAAGGGCAAGCAGAUCUUCUGCAUCAGUCCUCAGCGUGUUAACGUAGGAGGCAAGAUCGAUGUCAUGUGCUUCGACAAGACAGGAACUCUGACAGAGGAUGGUCUGGAUGUGCUCGGAGUUCGUGUCGUCUCCCGACCAGCCAAUAGGUUUGGCGAAUUGCUCAACGAGUCGUCCACACUUCUGCCAGGAGCUACAUACGAGCGCGAUCCGACCAUGGACUAUAACGCGAACAAGGCAAUUCUGUACACGAUGGCAACAUGCCACUCACUCCGGAUUGUGGAUGAUGAGUUUAUCGGCGAUCCGCUCGAUCUCAAGAUGUUCGAGUUUACCGGCUGGCAAUACGAGGAGGGCUCCGAGCGCGCUGGCGCAGGGGAGGAAGAAGAUGAGCUGUCUCUGUCACCUUCUGUUGCACGCCCGCCUCCAGGUAUGGAGUUCGAUAUUGAUGAAGAUCAGGACUCGCCGAACAGCCGCCGUGCUAUCGAGCUCGGAGUCCUCAAGACCUUCGAGUUCGUUUCUCACCUCCGCCGUGCAAGUGUCAUUGUUCGACAAUUUGGCGAGAAGAGUGGAGAUGUAUACGUUAAGGGCGCACCGGAGGCGAUGAAAGACAUCUGCCGGCCUGAGAGCUUCCCUGCUGACUACGACGAUCUCCUGGCAUACUACACCCACCGUGGAUUCCGCGUCAUCGCGUGUGCGACCAAGCACAUCUUCAAGCUCAAUUGGCUCAAAGUCCAGAAGAUGAAGCGAGAAGACGCCGAGUCAAAUCUCGACUUUGCCGGCUUCAUCAUUUUCGAGAACAAGCUCAAAGAGACCUCGACCGAGAUCAUCGAAGAGCUGACGGAUGCCAACAUCAGGACCGUGAUGUGCACCGGCGACAACAUCCUCACCGCCAUCAGUGUUGCAAGAGAGUGUGGUCUCAUCGAUCGAUCAGCCCACUGCUUCGUGCCUCACUUCGUCGAAGGUGAUGCGCACACGGCAUUGUCGAAGUUGAGCUGGGAAAGUGUAGACAAUUCAAUCUACCAACUGGACGAGAACACCCUCAAGCCGUUACCACCACCAGCGGAGCACGAUUCCUCACUGCCAUACGACGUCUCGAACUUGCGCAAUUACUCGGUCGCGGUCAGUGGCGACGUCUUCCGCUGGAUCAUCGACUUUGCCUCACCGAAAGUGCUGCGCGAGAUGUUGGUGAUCGGUCAAGUCUUUGCGCGCAUGUCGCCAGAUGAGAAGCACGAGCUUGUCGAGAAGCUCCAGAGCAUCGACUACUGCGCAGGUUUCUGCGGAGACGGCGCCAAUGACUGCGGUGCUCUCAAAGCUGCAGACGUCGGAAUCUCCCUCUCUGAGGCGGAAGCUUCCGUGGCAGCGCCAUUCACCAGCCGUGUGUUCGACAUCUCCUGCGUGCCCGAGGUCAUUCGUGAGGGCCGUGCUGCGCUUGUGACGAGCUUCAGCUGCUUCAAAUACAUGAGCUUGUACUCUGCCAUUCAAUUCACCUCUGUGAGCUUCCUCUAUGCGACGGCAUCCAACCUGGGCGACUUCCAAUUCCUGUUCAUCGACUUGGCCCUCAUCCUCCCGAUAGCGAUCUUCAUGGGCUGGAGCGGGCCAUACCACGAGCUCUCUCGCAAACGCCCGACCGCCAGCCUUGUUUCCCGCAAGGUUCUCACCCCCCUGAUCGGCCAGAUUGUCAUCUAUGUCAUGAUACAAUUUAUCGGAUGGUGGUUUGUGCGUCAACAACCCUGGUACAAGCCUCCCAUCAUCGACAAGGACCACUCGAACUCGAAGAAUUCGGAGAACUCAACUCUCUUCCUGGUUUCCUGUUUCCAGUACAUCCUCUCCGCUAUCGUCUUGUCAGUUGGCAAGCCGUUCCGCCAGUCGAUGGGACACAACCUGCCCUUUGUCAUCACAAUGCUCGUUGCCCUUGCAAUCUCAGCAUACAUGCUUUUCGACCCUGCGCCGUGGCUGGAAGAUCUCAUGGAGCUCACAUACCUGUCUCAGUCGUUCAAACUCUUCAUCCUUGCGCUAGCAACUGGUGGGUUCGCCGUCUCUUACAUAGCCGAGCGACAGAUACUGCCGACGCUGGCUCGAGUGCUCGGGAAAACUAUCCAGAAGUUCAGCCGCACACCGAAGAAGAGAAAGGAGUACAAGAUUAUUCUUGAGGAUAUGCGUAUAUGA